AUGGCAGGACGGAACGGCCGUGAUGAUGGAUCUCUCUCUGCAACACCCCCGGCCUCGGAUCGGGGCUCUGAACCGUCACCACCUACCUCCUUUUCUUCCGAUAAAGAGAAUCGAAGCGCACGCACGCUGCACCUGAAGAAGCGGAAAUCCGGCAGCCUAGCGGUCCCUCCAAUGGCCAGCGCGUCGAAUAAGAAGAGGCGUGUGUCUGAGCAGAUGCCCGAACAGUCACAGACCACCCACCAGCGCCGCCUUCGUCAAACUAUCGACACCGACUACUAUGACCCAGACCAGGAUCCAGAGGAGCGGAGAGCCGUUCGGAAGGGGCUGAGAGAACUAGCUACAAAUUUAAACGAUUCACGAGCAGAGUUUGUCCGGCUUGAAUCAAAUGGUCUUAUGCAAACUGUUGAAAAGGCAAACGAAUACUUCAAAAAGGUCAAGCAAACCUCAGAUGCAACUCUUGACUCCCGUCUCCUUGUUACCGCGGCGGACCUUUCUUAUAAACGAACAGCGCAAGCUAGCCUAGGAAACAAUGUAGCGGGUCUUGACAUUGACGAAUUUGUGUCAAAAUGUAUCUCAUUCAUGCAGAGAGAGUCCGCCAGUACUGAAUCAUCAUUACCUACCCCAACACAAAGCCAUCGUCGCAGCUCCGGUCAUCCUUCGCGCGCGGCAGCUGAUAGUGACGAUGAGGAGGAACCCUUCAACUGGGACUAUCUUGGGCGGAAUGCCUGUUUCCCAAAUAACCUACGGCCCUCCAUCUCCGGUUUUCUGCUUGGUCCACUAUCGGUACAGAAGCGUGUUCGUCAACAGACUCAGCGACGAGCAAGAGAACGAAUAGAUCCGUCCCAACUCGUACGGCCUAACGAUGUUAAAGCUGCAGAUUUGGGGAAGCAGGAAACCGCAACGCUAACGACCAUGUGUACGAACAUAAGAGCCACUCUGGCUAAGAUACAACAAGAGGCGGAAUCAUCAGCCCGUGAUGAACUGGCACAGAUGGGCGAUGUCAGUCAGGUUGAAGCCGUCGAAGUGAUGAAUAAACAUGGAAUAUCAGACGAUGGCGGAGUUCCGCUCUUCCGGUUCUGUAUCAACCCAAGAUCAUUUGGCCAGUCCGUCGAGAACUUGUUCUAUGUCAGUUUCCUGGUCCGUGAUGGAAGUAUAGGCAUGUCGAUGGACGGGAACAACCUACCCACAUUACUUCCGUCAGAACCGCUCGCUCCUUCAGAGGCUCGGGAACAGGGCAUCCAAAAACACCAAGCUGUCUUUGGGCUAGACUUCAAUACGUGGGCGCAACUUAUCGAGACGUUCGAUAUCAAAGACCCCUUAAUUCCACACCGGGAUGAUGAAGCUGAGAAUCACACCUCCACAGGCAGAUGGCAUGCAUAG